CCCGCUCCGACCUCCGUCGGACCCCAGUUCCAGACGAGUGCAGUGACUGACCAGACCCCGCCACCCAGGCAUGACCACAAUGUCAGGCGCGCCAUCAGCGAAUCAGCUGCCUCCGCUGAUCCUGCUGCUGCUGCUGACAACCGUGAUUGGACAGAAUAGGAUCAGAAUUGAAAACCAAACGAUAACCGGCCUUGGACGGGGCAUGUUCGACAUCCAACAGGCCAUCUGGAUUCAGAUUAUCAACAGCGACAUUCAAGUUGUCGAGGAGGACACGUUUCUGUCCCGCCCGGGCGUGAACGACGCGACUCUGGAAGUCUUAAACACCACCGUACGCCACUGGAAAGCGAAUGACAUGAGUUCAUUCUCAAAAGUCUGUAUGUACAUGGAAACACUUUCGACACCAUAA